GGACGCGUCGAGGAGUGCGUUACGCUCUUAAACAGUGCUCUUUGGUGAUGGCAACUAUCAUUUCAUGACGUACAAGGAGAAUAAUCAGAAGAGAACAGAAAAAUAUCUCGUGUCUGGAGAGAGGCAUCGCGCUGGCUGCCGGGAAACCCCUUCAUCUGGGCGACAGCGCAUCAUCUUCACACAAACACACACCGGAGUCACAGCAAAACACAUCUCCGUGCCCACAACUUCUGCACCCUGUGCUUUGGACUCCAUGGAGUUGACAGGAAUGAUACAAAGCAAAAACGAGGACCGCGAGAAAAAGGUUUGAUUCACAGGACCUGUUACCUACGUGUACGAAUACCACACUCCCAAAAUGACAGGACAGAGUCUUGAAGAACUGAGCGGAGCUCAUUUUGAAGACAAUGCAAUACGCAUCAAUGUCGGAGGUUUCAAGAAAAGACUUCUGUCAGACAUGCUGUCUCGAUUUCCCGAAACUAGACUGGCUCGUUUACUGCGGUGUCAGUCAAAGGAAUCCAUCCUGGAAUUGUGCGACGAUUACGACGACAACGAAAAAGAGUUCUACUUCGACAGGAACCCGGCUCUGUUUCCCUACGUCUUGAAUUUCUACAACACUGGCCGGCUGCACGUCAUGGCAGAACUAUGCAUCUUCUCCUUCAGCCAAGAAAUAGAAUACUGGGGCAUAAACGAGUUCUUCAUAGACUCCUGUUGCAGCAACGCUUAUCACUGCAGGAAAAUGGAGCCGGAGCGAGAGGACUGGGAGGACAAAAGCGAGGAGGGAAGCACCACCUCUUCGUUCGAUGAGCUUCUAGAGUUCUACAGUGACGCGACUAAGUUCGACAAGCAGCCGCUGGGAAGUCUAAGACGACGGAUCUGGCUGAUGCUUGACAACCCCGGGUAUUCGAUCGCAAGCCGCAUAAUCAGUGUGCUUUCUAUUCUUGUUGUGCUGGGCUCUAUUGCCACCAUGUGCAUGAACAGUAUGACCGAGUUCACUUUGUACGACAGCGAGGGCCAGCCGCACGAGGACCCUCGGUUUGAAACUGUGGAGCACUUUGGAAUAGGGUGGUUCACCUUUGAGCUAGUGGCGAGGUUCGCGGUUGCUCCCGACCUCCUCCACUUCUUCGAACACCCGUUGAACCUCAUUGACCUCGUGUCAAUCUUGCCAUUCUACCUGACUCUCAUUAUUAACCUGGUGGCGGAGAGCAGCCCGACUCUGGCCAACCUUGGGCGCGUGGCGCAGGUGCUGAGGCUGAUGAGGAUCUUCCGCAUCCUGAAACUCGCGCGCCACUCCACCGGACUCCGUUCCCUCGGAGCGACGCUUAAGAACAGUUACAAAGAGGUGGGCCUCCUCCUGCUCUAUCUGGCGGUAGGAGUCUCGUUCUUUUCCGUGAUGGCCUACACCGUGGAGAAAGAGGACAACGACGGGCUGACAACCAUCCCCGCCUGCUGGUGGUGGGCGACAGUCAGCAUGACUACAGUGGGCUACGGGGACGUGGUCCCGGGAUCUAUAGCUGGGAAACUGACCGCGUCUGCAUGCAUCCUCGCGGGCAUCCUGGUGGUUGUGCUUCCUAUCACGCUCAUCUUCAACAAGUUCUCUCUCUUCUAUAAAAGACAGAAGCAGCUGGAGAUCGCAAUGAGGAGCUGCGAUUUCGACGAAGACAUAAAAGAGGUCCCGUCGGUUAAUUUACGAAACUAUUAUGCGCAUAAGGUGAAAUCACUGAUGGCAAGCUUGUCUAAUAUGAGCCGGAGCUCUCCCAGUGAACACAGUCUGAGCGAAUCUAUAAAUUAAGGCGAAUGACCUGUACGACACACAGAAUGGAGUAUGGGUUCAUGGAAUCUUGAAAACACAGUUUAGGUCACCAUGCGAUCAAACGAUAACAAUGUAUUCGUUAAUUCUGUAUAUUGUUAAAGCACUGCAUGAAGAUCUGUCUGUGUUGUUGGGGCGGGAUCCAUCAACCAUCACCAGUGUGUCUUAGUUUUGGCCGUGGUGCACCUCCCGUUGCUUCCUCCGUAAGACAGUUCGCUUAUUCGUUAGUGAGAUCAGAUAUAUAUCAAUGUUUCUUUCACCUUCUCAAGUCUAGAGAGAAAAACUGCAAUCAAAAUAUAUUGUCCAUCAGAGGCAAACCACAGUGCAGUUAUGAAUGAUUUAAACUGUCUCCACAUUGAGGCAGUUUA